AUGUUGAAACAGGCAACACCUUUUACGCCAAACCAACGAGACUCAUGUUGCCCUCACUAUACGCUCCGUCUCGAUGCCGCUCAGUGUCACCUUACCAAGGAUCAACGAUCGGCUAUCAACCGUUUCAAUCGAUAUGUCCUAGGAGACGAGUACAUAAAGGAAGCAUCACGCUUAUAUCCCAGAUCACGCGACGAGGCCAAACAACGGGAUAACCAAUUCAACCUGGUGGACAGAAUCCACGAGGCUGAGACUCAAUCACUAAAAGCAAACCUUCAACCAGCCCACACGUUCAGCGUCAGUCUUGAGCCAGAUGAGUUCACUGAAGAAAAGUACGCCAUCUUUGAAAACUACCAACGGGUCGUCCACCAUGAGAGCCCUUCGGAUAUCACUCGGGAUGGGUUUAAGCGCUUUCUUUGUGACUCGCCCUUGCGACGCCAGCUCUUCAGAGCGCCAGAUGGGACAGAGCGCCCCUUGGGCUCGUUCCAUCAGUGCUAUCGUCUCGACGGGAAGCUUGUGGCGGUUGGUGUCCUGGACUUGCUCCCCCAUUGCGUCAGCGCCAAGUACUUUCUGUACCACGAGUCAAUCCACCGGUUCCAAGCCGGGAAGCUGGGUGCCUUGUACGAGAUCGCCUUAGCAGAGGAGAAAGGGUACGGCUGGUGGUAUUCCGGCUUCUACAUCCACACCUGCCCAAAGAUGAGGUACAAGAUCGACUUCAAGCCGCAGUAUGUAUUAGACCCAGAUCGACACGUCUGGACUGCGCUCGACAAGGAGACACUCAAGUUGUUUGAUGAAAAGGGCUAUUUGCAUCUGUCUGAAGCCUCACCUGAGGACUCAGCUGUAUCUUCCAGAAACGAUAGCUCCAUGUUGGAUGUGAGCGGCGAGGCCGCUGAGUCUCUCAGUGAAGAGAAAGAUGAUGAUGAUGAUGGCGACGACGACGAAGACGAAGAUGACGACGAUGAUCUGCCCCUUCUUCGGAGCAAUAUGCCUGGCCUCCCCUCGAUGGACCUCAUACAGCAAGCUCCGUUGGAUAUCAUUCCAGUACGGCUGACUCAGGGGUUCAUCUCUGCCGGCGACCUGUUCGACUGGGACAACGAAGAAGUUGACGAUCCCAAGACCGCCAAGGGUAUGGUCGCUGAACUAGUAGCGGCAGUCGGUCUUGAACUGAUGCUGCAAUGGGCAUUGGAUUUCCGGAAAUCUUAG